GCUGCACCUGUACUGUGACACUUGCUCGGUGCCCAUCUGUCGUGAGUGUACCAUGGGCCGGCACGGGGGCCACAGCUUCAUCUACCUCCAGGAGGCACUGCAGGACUCCCGGGCACUCACCAUCCAGCUGCUGGCUGACGCCCAGCAGGGCCGCCAGGCGAUCCAGCUGAGUAUCGAGCAGGCCCAGACCGUGGCGGAGCAGGUGGAGAUGAAGGCCAAGGUGGUACAGUCGGAGGUCAAGGCCGUGACUGCAAGACAUAAGAAGGCUCUGGAGGAGCGGGAGUGCGAGCUGCUGUGGAAGGUAGAGAAGAUCCGCCAGGUGAAGGCCAAGUCUCUGUACCUGCAGGUGGAAAAGCUGCGGCAGAACCUCAACAAGCUGGAGAGCACCAUCAGCGCCGUCCAGCAGGUCCUGGAGGAGGGCCGGGCGCUGGACAUCCUGCUGGCCCGAGACCGCAUGCUGGCGCAGGUGCAGGAGCUGAAGACGGUGCGCAGUUUCCUGCAGCCCCAGGAAGAUGACCGGGUCAUGUUCACGCCCCCCGACCAGGCACUGUACCUCGCCAUCAAGUCCUUUGGCUUCGUCAGCAGCGGGGCCUUCGCGCCACUCACCAAGGCCACGGGCGACGGCCUCAAGCGGGCCCUCCAGGGUAAGGUGGCCACCUUCACUGUCAUGGGCUACGACCACGAUGGAGAGCCUCGUCUCUCGGGGGGCGACCUGAUGUCAGCCGUGGUCCUGGGCCCUGACGGCAACCUGUUCGGGGCCGAGGUGAGUGAUCAGCAGAACGGGACUUACCUGGUGAGCUACCGGCCCCAGCUGGAGGGUGAGCACCUGGUGUCGGUCACCCUGUGCAACCAGCACAUCGAGAACAGCCCCUUCAAGGUGGUGGUCAAGUCGGGCCGCAGCUACGUGGGCAUUGGGAUCCCGGGCCUGAGUUUCGGCAGUGAGGGCGACAGCGAUGGCAAACUCUGCCGUCCUUGGGGCGUGAGUGUGGACAAGGAGGGCUACAUCGUGGUCGCCGACCGCAGCAACAACCGCAUCCAGGUGUUCAAGCCCUGUGGCACCUUCCACCACAAAUUCGGCACCCUGGGCUCCCGGCCCGGGCAGUUCGACCGACCGGCCGGGGUGGCCUGCGACGCCUCCCGCAGGAUCGUGGUGGCCGACAAGGACAAUCAUCGAAUCCAGGUCUUCACCUUCGAGGGCCAGUUCCUCCUCAAGUUUGGCGAGAAAGGGACCAAAAACGGGCAGUUCAACUACCCUUGGGAUGUGGCGGUGAAUUCUGAGGGCAAGAUCCUGGUCUCAGACACGAGGAACCACCGGAUCCAGUUGUUUGGGCCCGACGGCGUCUUCCUGAAUAAGUAUGGCUUCGAGGGGGCUCUCUGGAAGCACUUUGACUCCCCUCGGGGCGUGGCCUUCAACCACGAGGGCCACUUGGUGGUCACCGACUUCAACAACCACCGGCUCCUGGUUAUUCACCCCGAUUGCCAGUCUGCACGCUUCUUGGGCUCGGAGGGCACCGGCAACGGGCAGUUCCUACGCCCGCAGGGCGUGGCCGUGGAUCAGGAGGGGCGCAUCAUUGUGGCCGAUUCCAGGAACCACCGGGUACAGAUGUUCGAGUCCAACGGCAGCUUCCUGUGCAAGUUUGGAGCUCAGGGCAGUGGCUUUGGGCAGAUGGACCGUCCUUCCGGCAUCGCUGUCACCCCCGAUGGGAUGAUCGUCGUGGUUGACUUUGGCAACAAUCGAAUCCUCAUCUUCUAAUCACAUUUUCUAGGCUUUUGUGUUUGGGGUGUGCAUCUCUCUCUCUCUCUCUCUCUCUCUCUCUCUCUCUCUCUUCUCCUUUUGAAUUUCAAGGAAGAAACAGUCUCAGGGAAAUUUCUUUUUUUCUUUUGUUUAAAGAGAACAAGAAAAAUACAACGUUGCCUAAGUCCUACCUCAUCUUUAAUUUUUUUACAGAUGAAUGUACUUAUCUUUUCUGCAGGGAUUGAGCCUGUGAAGUGAUAAUUUCUAUCUACCUCAUAAAUCUUUACAUUUCCUUCUCCAGCUGGCCCUCAGUUCAGUGGAGGUCACGUGUCCCUCUUCCCCUCCGUGGGACGUGACAUGCACAAGCCUAUUGUCUCUGGCUGGCAGGGCACUGGAUGUGUGUGGUGGGCUGAUACUCUGUAGAUUGAGCCAAGGAAACACGGAAAAACUACUAAGUUAAAAAAACCCCACAAAAAAGUAUA